UGGUGAGGAGCGCAGCCAUUACACUUGAUCUUAAAUCUUUAUAAACCGUCGCUCGGAUUGCACUGGCCAAAUCAUUUCUCUACUAAUUCCGUUAUGGUGAACUGAAAGUAGCUCAAAAUGUGAGCGGGAUUUUACUGAUCUCUGCCCAGGAAAGUUGUGAAACUUCACAAGGUGUAGCGCGUCUGCUAGUGUCAGUGUCCCUCGCCUCCUGCAAGUCCUCGCGUCUCGCACUGCGCUGUAAUGAUGGGCACUCCUCUCAGGAAUCAGUCGUCUGCGGCGAGUUGCGUGCCGUUAUGCGAUGAUGACGCCGCGCCUGCAGGCUCGUGUUCUGCGCGAGCGUCACAGCUCGAGGCCGCGGCUCCGGUUCUGCUCUAUCCCAUCAGUGUUAACAGUGCUUUACCAACGUCAGCAGUUUUUAACAACAGAGACAACAAAGUCCCGCAUGGUGUUCGAGGGAUUGAGGCGGUUUCCACAUCUUCUGAGUUUACCCACGGUGCCAUUGUGCACCUGAUCGAAGCCAUGCAGAGGUGCUGGGACGUUUACAGCGCACGAGAGCGAUCGCUUCUCUUCCAGAGCGUCCAAAAAGAACUGGAAAGUCACGGUCACUCCUUACCUGUGGAGAAGAUUCGCAGAAAAUGGAAUAACCUCAUCGUUACAUACAAGAGAGUUAAAGAUCGCAGCUUGUUGUGUGGCGGCCAAACAAAGACCUCGUGGGAGUACUUUGAGAUGAUGGACAAUAUAUUAGGAAAGACUAAGUUUGUUCAGCGAGGCCCUGCUUCAGCCACUCUUGUUGGAUUUGCAACUACAGCCAAAGCAUCUGUAAAGUCUGAGGAUCCUCCAUCCAGCAGUGUUCCGGUGGCUGCGGUGGCCGCUCCGUGUCUGCUUCCCACCGGAAUCAUCACAACCUCUUCCCAGAUCCCGACGCUGGUGACGUCCCCAGUGCUCUGCAAGGUCAGCCCGAAACUGACCGCCAGCCCCUCCUGCAGCACAGACGCACCUCUGCCGUCCCCUUCACCAAAGCCAGCUCCGCCGGUGAACCGCCAGCCUCUGAAGCGGAGAUUACGGCACCUCCGGCUCAACUCCGCCGCCUCUCGAGUCGCUCAGCAGCACGGGCAGGCCGAGGAACGCACUUUACUUCUUCGCAAUUUCCUCAGCGGUCAAGAAGAGCGAGCUCGUUUAGACGAGCAACACCAGCGCAAGACAGAGGCGCGCGAGCGGCGCAGGGAGAGAGCGGCGCGGGCCACGGCUGAUGCCAUGGGCAGGAUGGCGACGGCGCUGGAGCUGAUCUCGUCCAAACAGGACACCAUCAUCGCGCUGCUUCAGAGGCUGGCUGAUAAACACUGAGAGAUCUUCCUGUUUCUCUUGUGCUAAUAUUGCUUUUGAAACUGAAUUGAAUUUGAUUUGAAGUGUAUGAACUGUUGUUAAUAGUAUAUUUAAGUCAUUGAUUUGAGAUCCUGGUUACUGUUAAAAGCUUGAAAGCAAAAUGUAAAAACACAAACAUAUGGACUCUUUAACACAUUAUCAUACAGUGCCUAAAAAAAAAAGAUGUUUUCAUGUUUUAUUGUUUUACAACAUUGUUCCACAGAGGGUUUUUAGUUUUGACUACUAUUUGACACUCAAUAUCAGUAUUGUUUAAUGUUCAGUCACAAAAAAUAUUAUUAUUAUAGUUGUAAAUGAAGGGGGGAAAAAACUCCUUUUGGAAGAUGGACGGUUUUAAAAUGAAAAAUAAGAAUAAACAUGCAGUCAUUCUUGUU